CCGAUCUAAAGGAGGACCCUGCACCACGAACCAGUAAGUGACCGAAGCACAGCCUUGCCGAAGUCCUAUUCGCGUGGUAACUCCCGUUGUAAAUAGAACUAAUGGUAGAAGUUAUAGAACCCGUUAGUAGACCCCCUACACCGCACCGAAAACUGGUGGAGAACCUGGGCAACCAAGGACCGUUCCAGAUAUUAAAAAUCCGAUCACAACAAGAAAAAUUUUCAGGAUGUCAAAUUCCGACCCAGCCCCAGAGAAUGUCACAGACUGGCAGAAUGCGCUUCUCAAGAUGAUGGCGGGAAUUGAAGCAUCGCAGAAACAGCAAGCGGCGAGAUUGGAAGCUCUAGAACAAGAGAUAAUAGCUGGAAGGGGAGGUCCAAAGAGAAGCACGAAGCGACAUUCGCCACGGAACAGUAGCUCGGACGAGGAGGAUGCUAACUGGCCCAACCCUCCCACUGAGAGAGAAGAGGAGCAGACCUAUGUCCACACUGAUUUUAGACCAGCCCGGACUUUUGCGGCAACAACACCAAAUAUGGACAGUGUUAGAACGGACAACGCCCCCACUACACAGAUGAUCAGCGAGGCGAACAAACGCAUGUACAACGGCAAGAAGUUCGACCUCAAGGUGGAGGAUGCAGAUGAAUGGACGGAUUACUUCCGAGGAUACCUAGGAUCCAACAUCGGCGAUCUACACGCUCAGUUGCAGAAUGGAGUCGCCAUUAGGAUGUUGGGACAGGCCUUAGUCGGAGUGACGGAGCAAUUCUGGUUUGCAGAGGCGCGCCAAGUCAAGAACAAUUGGCAUGAAAUCCUGGACGAUUUCGAGGAGAGCUUCACCCCAGACCACAUUAGACAACGAAACUGUUCCAUCGAAGGCGUGAGAGCAUGCAAGCAAGAAGAACAUGAGUCGACUAGGAUAUUCCUGAUUCGAUUCGAACGCGCCGUCGCUCGAUACAGACGUGCUACUGUCAAGAAGCGAAUUAACAUCGAGGAACGAAACGUCGUAGAGGCCUUGUACGCCAACGUGAGAUCGGACGAGGUCGCCAAAAGCGUUAAGAAGACCACUUCGAUCGUGAAGGCGCUAGCCGCGGCAAAGGCUCGAGCCAACGAGGAAAGUCAAUGGGAAUUCUUGCGAGAGAACGAUCCCGAGCCCAUGACCAAGCCCGACAGGUCAAAGGUCAGCCAGAACGAGAGGCCAGCGAGAGCUACGUCUGCAGAGAAACUUUCGAUCAGGAAAGGGCCCAGCAAAGAAAGCGAACCGGAUAUAGCAGCCUUGAUAAAAUCCGUGGGCGAGAUGAAAAUCAUGAUCAGCAAACAGGGAAGCUAUGGUGGAAACCCAAGAGCUCCCGGGGCCCCAAGGACCCGACCUCGCCCGAACAUCGAGGAUGUGGAAUGCUUCAACUGUCACAAGAAAGGGCAUUACUCAAACGACUGCAAGGCGGAACCGGAGAAGCGGACGAUGUUGGCAACCGUCGAGGCCUAUAAUCGCGUGGAAUAUCCAGCCGCAGGAUCCUUCGUCGGCAACGCCGAUUUAACUCAUGAGGACUGGGACGAAUACCGGGAGGAGCAAGAAAGGCGCGAGGAGGAUUUUCGGAUGGGAUGGUGGAAUUAGGUCAAUCCCACCGUCCCGAGUAUACCAGACCGCCCGAAGCAUUCGCGUUUGCAGCGUUAAAGCAGAGAUCGAAUAGGGACCAGAGGAAAGGCUUCACCUUACCGUUCCAGCGGGUCACAGCUCCAUUGCGACCUGAUCAGAUCAAGAAGCUUGCCACUGCCGCCGCUUCUAGAGAAA